UAUGUAGGAUCUCACUUUGUAGAUUUAUUCGGAUAGUAAACCGGGUGGACGGUUUUAAUUUUAUUUUAUAUUUUAACUGGAUUUAUUUUGUUUUAGCAAUGUUUUACAAUUAAAAUGGAGCUUGGUCAUAUAAAGUCACGUCUACAAGGUGUGAAUAUCUUACAUGGAGCUGUACAUGAUAACCAUGGUGUUGUGUGGACAGAUGGACAGGGAAUAUAUCUGACACCAAUAUCUUUGUUUCAAGGUCAAGUGGAGAACCAGGAGCACAGUAAACUUGGUGAAUUUGAUCGUGGUGUGAAGUCCAUCCAUUGGAGUGACAAUAUAAGUGCAGGACUAUGUUAUAUGUGUGUUGUACAUGACAGAAAUAUCUCCAUAUGGAAAGUUGAAGGUCGCCAACCAAAACUGUCAUUCAAACAAGUUAGAAAGAUCAAUAUUCAGCCUAUACCACAAGGAUGUUUAUGGAAUCCAAGUCGUGACAUCUUGUGUGUGUUGUGUGCGCAACAGUCAAGUUUAUACUUCAGUCAUGUACAUAACAAGGGAAGUCAAGUUUUACUUCAAUUAGAGAGAGAGAAGAUAAGAUGUGGCUGCUGGUCAACUGAUGGACAAAAACUUAUUAUUUGUAUUGGAACUUCUUUAAUGGUCUAUCACUGGUCAGAUAUAGAUAAAUCUUUAACAGAAUAUAAGACAGUAACUUGGACAGUACCUGGAUUAACUGGUCACAUAUCCAGUGUUGUAGCCAUCUCGUCAGAUAGAAUACUCACUGCAGCAGAACUACCUCUAGAAUCCCUGUGUAAACAGCAAGAUACCUUCCUCAUCCCUGAUUUGUUGAACGGACCAAUCAGAGAUAAGCUUAGUGAUGAAGAUAUAAUAAGACCAAAUGGACAGCAGAUUUCUGCUAAAGAUUCAUUGUUAAAUCUCCAAAGAAAUCCAGAUACAGUAGUAGAGGAUUGUUCAAGGUUAGUUUGUGUAGACCUAUCUACGGAGAAGAAACCUGUUAAAGUGACCAGUGUUGAUGUAAAAGGUGUUCUUACCCCUGACCUACUACAUUACCAGGCAAACUUGAACCUGGUACUUGUUGGAAGUAAUACUCAAACAUUGUUACAGGUGUAUUCAUAUGACCGGAAACAGAUCACAAAAACUCUUGAAAUUGCACUAGACAAAGAGGAGAGGCCCAGAGGGUUAGCUAGUUUACCGAAAUCUUGUUGCCAUAGUAAUGAAGAUGGUAUAUUAGUAAUCUGUGGUAAAAGAGGUUCUGCUGAUGUUGCUUUCCCUUCAUCAUCAUCUACUGUAACAAUGAAGUCCGUACUGAAAUUCUUCAAUCUUAAACAUGGUCAUUAUGAAAAGACACCUUUAACUCAUACGCAGAGUGUUCCUUCCAUACCCGUAUCAGUGUCAACAAACGGUCUCCAAGACGACCGGGAUUAUGAUAGCAUCUAUGACAGUGUGAUCAAUUUCGAUACAAAUCUGAAAAAUAGAGCCGCUGAGGUGAGAGUGGUGGAGAACAAAGAAAAUAACAAUACAUUCAAACAAAUACCCAAAGAAAAAUCAGAUAGUUUUACUGACAGUGUUCUUUCUGAAGUUUCAAAAACAAACGGUGACAGUAAGUACACGAAUGGUGAUGCAAAAAUUCAAUUUGAGGUUCCCGACCCUCCAAAACGACCUGUUCGGAAGAAGAAAUCUAUGCGAAAAAACCGAGAUGACUUGUCACGGCAGUCUUCCGGUUCAAGUCAAGGGAAUACAGAAAAUGUCACAACUAAAAUGCCCAUGGAGUAUCUCUCUGAUUCACCAGAAAUGUCCCCCAGGGAUAAUCUCCAUUAUGCUGAAAGUACCUGUUCAUCAGAAAAAUCUCCAGAGUUACACAUGAAAAACACAGAGAAAGAAAAUGCUGUAGUGCAGCAGCAUGUGACUGAUGAAAAUGUGUCUGGAGUCAAGUCUGAACCUGUGUCUGUAACUGAAAUACCAGUUGAAUCUAAUUUAGUGAAGAUUGUAACAGAAGUUAGUGAACAUUCUGUACCUCCAACUGAAGAACUCUCAAGGGAAAUAACUUCUCUAAAAAUUGGAAUACAAGAUGAGAAUGCUAGUUCAGGAAGAAUGAAUAAAAUAACUGAAAUAGGGGGAGAUGAAGAAAUCUCAAAGACAGAUCUUGAAGUUGAAAAAGUGGAUUUUGAUUCACAGAAGUGUAAUUUUGGAACAUUAAACUUUCAGACCUUGUGCAAUGAGGAAACUGAAAGCCAGACAAUCAUGGAAAAUUAUUUAGAGGAGAAAUUAAAAUCAAAGUCAGUUGCCACUAAUGUUGUGAAAGAAUCAUUUGGGGCUCAGAAAUUGAGUACAUCAUUAGAAUCUUUAGAUGAUAUCGACAAACUUCUGAAGGAACAGAAUGAGAAAAUUACCAAACUGCAAGAACAAAUGAAUAGAUUAAGCAGGCGUGUAGAUGAAUCAAGCUGUGUUCUGCCGACCAGGUACCAGUCAGCCAACAAACCAGACACUGUUCAAAUAUGCUUCUGGUGCAAAGAUGGAUUUAAAAUAGAGAAGAAAUUUCUGCUGGACAAUGGGCGACUUCAGUUGGAACAGAUCAAACAGUCUUUUAGUCUGGACACCGUUGAAAUGUACAUAGAUAAUGAAGCAUGUGUGGUUGGUUGUAACAUUGACGGAUACAUUCCCAUCAGAUUUGAACCCGGCUCUACAAUCAAAAUCAGCGGGAAACCAGCUCUUACUUGACAAGUUGAAAGGAACUACCUUCAAUGAAUUUGAAAAUAUGCAAUUUUCAUAUUUUGAAACAAAAAUAUGGCAGAAAACUGGUUGUGAUUUGUGGAAUAUCCUCUUCAUCAUUUAAUUUAAGGCAGAGUGCAAAUACAAACAGUAAGACGGACACAACAUUAUGAUAACAUCUAUCUCAAAAUGAAAUAGUUCAAUGGACUGAUGAUUUAAUAUUACACUGAGAUUCAACCCAUGAGAUGAAGAAGUUUUUGACUGGUUUAAGAUUGAAACUUUCUACUAGUAUCUGGAUUGAAGUAAUACGGGGGUAGUCUCCAGAGUACAGUUCUUGAUUUUGUCAAGACAAUACUAUGAAAGCAUUGAGGAGUUGGAUGAAAGCAGAGAAUAAUAUUAUCAUAUCAGAACUUCAAUAUUUGUGUAAUACAUAAUCAGCAUUACUUUAUCUGCUGUUUUUAUGAUAGAAAUUCAGAAUUCCUUUCGACUUAAUAUGAAAGUAGCCCAAGUUAUUAUAUUUAUAGAACUAUUCAUGCUACAUGUAAAUUAACUGUAGAGGUUUGUCAAGCUGAUUAUAUUUGAUACCUUAAAGUGGAUGUGUAGAUAUUGUAAAUCUAGUGAAAUUUAAGCUAUAAGUCCAAUCAUUGAUUAAUAUUUUUAUAUAUAGGAAUGAUAUUUGACAGAUGUCCCUUAAUUAUUAUAUUUUUGCACUAUGUCUUUUAACAGAAAAGUGGCCAUAAAGAUUCCUAAUUAUGAUGUUUAUUUAAUUUAGCGCAUUAUCUGCUGAAAUUAUUGUAUGGAUUUGUCCAGUUUCCAUUAUUGGAACUGAGUAUUAUCAAAUUUGAGGAUAUCAAGAUGAAAAUUGAAGCCUGGUGAGACUAGUGCAGGCUGGCCUGCCUCUAUAUACUGGUGGCAAAGGUUUAAAUCACUUUCUGUUCAAGAAGGGUAAGGGUUAGACAUAGUCUCCGACACAGUGUUUGAUUGUAUUUGAUGUCUCAUCAAAGAACUUGUUGAUAUUAACAUUCAUGCAUAACCUUUAUGGCAAAUUUUACAUUUGACCAAUUACUGCUAUUUUAGAUCUGAUUUAUAUAUCAAUUUUAAAAGCUUCAGAGGGUUGGAUGAUGACUUUUUACUUUGUUUAAAAUCUUCUCGACAUUUUAGAGAUUUUCAAAUCUUUUAGCAAAUGUGUUAUAGGAAUAAGAUAUGCAUGUUUUGAAUCAUUUUAUAUACUAUCAAUUUUAAUCAACCAUUAUUACAUAUUUUAUUCCUUCCUUCCUCUGAUGCAGGUUUUAAUAAGAGGCUUUUCUAAAGAUCAUUCGUUUCUUUUAAAAGAUUUGUUUCAUAUAAAGUUAAAAGGUGUUUUUUUUUCCACAUUACCUAUGUAGUAACACUUCAUUCAAAUAUAUUUAUGUGGUAACACUACACUGUAACAUUAUUAUAUGGUAACUAAACUAUGUGAUUAGUUAAAGGGACUCUCCCAGUGGUUUUUACAUGGAGAAGUUGUGUACCAUUUGUUAACUUGGUGUACAAAAUUUCGAAUCAUAAAAUACUUAUUCUGUUUUUUCCCCAAAAAAAUAUUUUUAUUAUGCAAACUGAUCAAAAUUUCCAUUUCAAGAUCACCAGUUGAUUUAUAAGGAUUUGAAUGAAAUUUUAUGUUUAUGUGUUUUUUGACCUCAGUGGAGCUGUGUUAAUAUACGAGGGAAAACUUUUUGAUGGUGAUAUAUCAACUUAGCGGUGCAAGAAAUGAUAUUUUAUGUUUGUAAUUAAGCCAGGGUAUAUUUCAUUCUUAUACAAAUAACGUCUCAUUCUAUGCAAGGAUUAUGAUUGAGAAUGUUCAACUGUAUAUUGUUAAACUAUAAAAAUUAUAUAAAGUUUAUACAUUAUGUAAUGCAUUUGUAAUUCAUUAAAAUGAUUUACUUAA